GUCCCGCGUCGCGGCUAUCGAUCGUGCUGAACCCGCUGCUCGCAACUCGGCGUCCCGCGGGCCAAGCGAUGUCCCCCACUCUGUGCUGCUGGUGGGUCCUGUGGUGCCUGGCGACGGCCGGUGUCGUCGACGCCGGCAGCGGUCGCCUGAACCCGCGAAGUCCUUCGUCCUCAUCGAACCAGGAGCAGCCGAGGCCAAAGCUACUGGUCAUUCUGGUGCAGGGCGUCAGGGCCGACUACAUCGACCACGCCGUGCAUCAGGGAUUCGCGAGGCUGGCCCAGGCCGGCAUCCGUGCCGAGUACGUGCUGCCGGUGUUCCCGUCCAGCCCGUAUCCCAACGCGUACAGCAUCGCCACAGGCCUGUAUCCUGAGUCCCAUGGAAUAGUUGCAGAUGCCAUGUAUGACACGGACAAGCGAGACUUGUUCUUGGGCGUGCAGAUGGCAGGUAGCUCAGUGCCAUGGUCCCAUUGGUGGGAGGCCGCCGAGCCCAUCUGGCUGCUAGCUGAAAGACGUAGACUGAGAUCUGCUGUCUACUGGUGGCCAGGCUGCGAGGUGGCCUUGAACAGGACGCGGCCGGCCAUCUGCAUGCCCCAGCGUCCCGUUCCGGGCUGGCGCUCUCUGGACCACGACUUCCGGAACAAGCUGGACGAGGUGCUCGAGGUAUUCGACACCGACGAGCUCAGCUUGGCCAUGCUUCAAUACGGCGCAGUCGCAUACUUCGGUCGUCACCGUGGUCCAGAGAGCAAGGAGAGGCACAAAGCGUUGGUGGAAUUCGACCACCAUUUGAAUUAUCUCAUUGACCAGUUAGAAGCAUUAAACCUCACACAAAAGGUGACUCUUAUGGUAGUCUCGGAUCAUGGCAUUGCCAACACGGGACCCGAGUCCACCACCGACAUCAUGCUGGACAAGUACUCGCCGUACAUUAAGUACAUGCUCAAUUUCGGGUCCCAUUCUAUGGUGCUUCCGAGGAAGGACAUGUUCCGACCGCUGCAUCGUGCCCUGAUCGAUGCUCGCGUAGAAGGCCUGCAGGUCUACACCAAGGACGAGAUUCCAGCGAGAUACCACAUCAAGCACAGUCCACGAGUGCUGCCUCUGUUUCUUAUGACCACGCCCAAGUACUUCAUUUUGCCGCUAAGCGACAACACCAAAACAAAAGUGAACCACAAGAAACGCUUCUUCGGCUACCACGGCUACGAUCCUGAGCUUCCCGAAAUGAGAACCAUCUUCUAUGCCCAGGGCCCAGGCAUCAAGCGAGACUACGUGAUCAAACCACUGGCCAACGUAGACCACUACAACUUCAUGUGCCACGCGCUCGGCCUCGAGCCGAAGCCUAACAACGGUUCCUGGGCCCGGAUGGACGAAGGGCUGGUCGAGUCCGAGGUGGACUUCCCCCGCUACGGCAGCUCCAAGUACAGCAACGCCGCGUCGACCCCGACCUUGGGCAAGCAUCAGUCGUUCUUCUGGCCAGCGCUCUUCGAUCACCUGACCCUGGCCAUGGCGGUCGUGUCGGCGCAGCUUUGCGCGCGGGAUGCCCUCUGAAACGCGUGUAUGGUGCUGUCGUCACGAAUGCGGUUGUGUGUGCCAAAGAAAGACUGUUUUACCCUCAGUUACCGUCAUAGACGCUGAAUCGAAGCAGGGCCGGGUAGACUCUUGUAGCCUGAGGCCAGCGGUGCAUUCUACGAAGUCAGCUGAAAGCGGCUACUUGAUGGUUGUGCUGUUGUUACUGGGACUAGGGUCAACAAAUAAGUGACAACACGGAAACCCCUUCCUGG